GCCACUGCUGGCAGACGGCGGCCGCUGGAGCGAUUAAAGGCACGAGGACCUCUCUUUCUUCGUAGCCAUUUUAGCUCAAGACAACAAGUUUGGCCGCGUUGGCUAGCUGUACUGUAUCUGUCUGGACUCGUCGCCAGCCCAGUUUCCAUAUUCCACAUACAAGACACGGAGAACAAGACAUGGCCCUGGGCGACACUUCAGGACUUCCCUGGCAGCAGGUGAGCGUGAGCGAGGUCGUCGAGGGCAUCGGAUUCGGCAAGGCUCAGUUCCUCAUGGUGGUCACCGGCGGGGCACUGAUCUUCAACCGGGGCGUGCAGAUGUGCCUCAUGUCGAUCUUGACGGUGCCCAUCGCCGCGGACCUCGGGCUCAACGCCACGCAGCAGGGCGUGUUGUCGACCAUGCUCUUCUCCGGCAUGUUCCUCGGCACGCUGGCCAGCGGCUGGUACGGAGACGACGCUGGGCGGCGUUUCCCGGUAGUGGCCAGCGGCAUCGGCACCGUUCUCAUCGGAUGCCUCUCCGCGGCCUGCACCAACUUCCACAGGCUCUUCUUCGCGCGGCUGUGCCUGGGCUUCGCGAUGGCCCUGGGGGACGUGCCCGUGACGGCGCUGCUGAGCGAGGUCACGCCCAAGCGAUGGCGCAUCCCCAUGCGGGCCGUGACGGAGGGCAUGUUCGACCUGGGAUACACGUACACAGCUUUCGUCGCUUCGUGCAGGGACGCUUACCUGAAAGAUCUGGAUUGGCAGUGGUUGAUGAUCGUCACCUGCAUCCCCGCGGGGGUCCUGAGUUUGAGCGCGGCCGCGUUCCUGCCCGAGUCGCCGGUGUGGCUCGCGAGCAGGGGCGACCACGCAGAGGCGGUGCGAAUCUUCCAGGGCUUCCGGCGCUUGAACGGCAGGCCCCCCGUGCGCAUCGAGCUGGAGGUGCAGGAACCCACGAAGGCGCUGUCGGACCCAGCGCUCCAGCGGGCCGCUGGAGCGCUGGGCGUCGUGUUCGGACCGCGCUAUCUGUUGACAACGUGUGUCCUGUCUUACGUCGCCUUCGUGUUCAACCUCUUCUAUUACGGUGGCAUUUACGCUCAACCGCAGGUGAUGACAAAAGGAAACGGUCUCGCACCAGGUUGGGAGAUGGUCCUCGGGGGCCCUUUCGACGUCCUCGGCAUCACCGUGGCCACAAUGCUUGCCGUGUCGGCGCCCCGCAAGAUGGUGCUGAUGUUCGCGUUAUUGGCGGCAUCUCUGUCUAUCGUAUGCUUCGGCUACGCAGGAUCGAUCCCAGUACGAACGCCUCUUCUCGAAGUGAUGUACCAGGUCGGCCUCUUCGGCUUCUACUGGAUCCCAGCCGUGGGCUUCAUCGUCUUCGGACAGCUGGCCGUGGAGAGCUACCCGACCCUGGCUGCCGCCACAGGCGGCAGUGUCAUCUUCAGUACGGGCCGCUUCGGCGCGAUGACCGCCCCCAUUCUGUUCGAGCGCAUGCGCGAAGUCAGCGGGCAGUGGGAGCUGUUCACCUACCUCACCUCGGUGCUGUGCGCCCUGGGCACCGUCCUCCUGUGCUGGGAGGCCUGGAAGCGCGAGGCGACCAAGGGCGACCCGGUCGAGGUGGCGCCCCCCCUCCGGCGGGUUCCCCUCGCGGACACCGAGCAUGGCAAGUGCACCUAGUACGCACUGAGCGCACCUUCGUCGACGGCGCUCGCGAGAGCCCCUUGUGAGCCGAAUGGUAUCUCUGCCGUCUCAUCAGUGACCAGGGCAGUAGUUAGGUGACGAAUUCGACAGUCCAUUACAUGCGAGGAACGCGCAGCAGAUCAAUUAGGAUUUGCCUCGUGGGUUAUAUCCUGCGGCGUUUUUUUACGCUGGCCGGUCAUCAGAUCUAUCGGGGGCCUGUUUGAUAUCCGAAUGCAUGAAGAGCCGCGAGACGAACCACCCGCUGAAAGACAUCAGAAGCUAUGAUACGGCCACGUGGAAUUCUCAGUCAAGCGACCUUGACUGUGAACUGUUUCCUUCCUCAGAUGCCCGCGUGGACUUGCUGGCCCACUGGCCGCCGGGCAUGCUGUGAGAGCGCGGCACUCGAGAGCUGACGGUCGGAGGCUGAUGGGUGCGAGCGCGUUCUCUUUCGAUGCAUCCCUGCGUCGCCCUCGGGUCCUUUACGCACUCUGCCAGGGGUUGAAGGACCACCGCGUCUCCCAUCCCUGAUGUGUGAGAUUUGUUUGUUUGUAGCCGUGGCCAGUUUGUGGUGAUCACCCGCACUUUUGUCUGCAGCUCGUUUUUGGCCGCAGAUCCCCCCUCUGUGAAUACGCAUGGUCUUUUGAAAGGAUCGCAGGGUGCAGCUCAGCAUUGCCAUUCCCCUUGCGCCUCCCCUCUCCUCGAAUGGCCAUUCCCCCUGACGCCUCCCCUCCCUCCCCUCCUCCUCGCCCCACCCUCCCACUCCCUCCGCGGCCCCUCCCUGCUCUGUCUGCCCGGAGCGCGGAGCGGGACGGGCAGAGGUGUCUCGGGCACGCCAGAGAGGCAGCGGGGCCGUGCUCGGCACGCUCCCGGAAGCGUUCUUUCCCUGAUUUGUUGUUCGAGCAGCCUCCUGGAAUUCUCCAGGGGACAGCGUGUAAAUCUGAAACGUAUCUUCAGUUCAGAACAACCAUCGUUUGGGUUCUCAAUCUGCAGCGUGGACGUCGCGGCCGCUUCUCUUCCA